UAAUUCAUAAUAUUUAAUUAUUCAUAGGACCAAAGUAACUGAGAUGUAUUCAUAUUUUAACGGAUUUAGCACAAUUGCAUGAAUUUAACUGCAUAAGUGUUUUAAAUCAUGACUACAUUUCCCAUAAUCCCCCUUUUUCAAUUAGCAUGGAAGCCCUGUGAGUCCAAACAUAAUGCUCUCGCAUAUCCGCGCUGAUGCUGCUGCUGCUCUUAAAGGAGACGCAUCCCAAAACAGGCCUGUUCUCGGUUACAGAAAUACGAGGUUUGCUAUAGCUUUAAGAAGUAAAUAAUCAUGCAUGUUUGUAAGAUUAUAUUCAUCGUACAACGUAGCUUAAUUUUAAUUAAUAAGAUAGUUAAUUAAAUGCAUGCAUAGUGACUUAUUUACUCUUGACUGAGCUACUUGGUCCCAACGCAGGGCCUGCAACGUUAACGUGGUCUUACAUGUUUAUAUGUGCAUAAAUAACUAAUGACAAAGGUCUGUAAAGGGUCAUAAUAGAUAGAUAAAGGGCAGCAUGGAAUCGGAGGAAAACGAGAUUGCAGGUUCUCCUCCUACGACUGAGAUAACAGAGGCCGCCAAACCAUCCCCGGACUCCACUGAAGCGUCCAGCCGGAGAAAAGGAAGCAGAAAGCGGUUGCAGACAGCCGCGGACUCCGAUCGUGUUCUGCGAGCCAGAGGAAGAGCUGCAGCUGGAGCCUGCAUUCAGGAGACCAAGAAUGCCACUUGUAUGCAAAAACCUACCAGUGUGCACCGUGGACGUGGGAGACCAUGCUCCAAAAACACACAACCUGCGAUAAAGAAAUCCACUGCCAAAGCAUCCAAACACACUCUUGGACCAAAGCUGUCCAAAUCUAGAGAAGGCAAAGGCAGACCUCCAACCCGAGCCUCUCGCACCACACCAGCAACAGCAUGCAAACCUGAAGCAGAGACAGAGAAUUCAUCAUGUAGAGAGGAAACAGGUUCUUUGAAAGGAAGCAUUGACAACGUUGCAGAUCCAGAUGCAGCUCUCAACGAGGACCCUGCGUUCAGAGAUGACCCGAAUGACCUCAUCUAUAAACCCGAGACAAAGACGGAAAAAUCAAGGCGGCGAACAACGUUAAAACAAAAGGAUGUCAAGAAAGAGGAGUCAGAAAAGGAGGAGGAGGAAGACGACAUUAAAAAGGAAGAAUCAACCGAGAUUGUUGUGCAGAGUGAAGAUGGAGUGGGCAAUAACACAGAGCCACCCAGGAAGAGAGGUAGGCAACAAAAAGAUAACAAAGUCCCUCGGCUGCCAAAACAAAGGAAAAAGCCCCCAGUGCAGUACGUCCGCUGUGAAAUCGAGGGCUGUGGUACUGUCUUGGCCCACCCACGCUACCUACAGCACCAUAUCAAAUACCAGCACUUGCUUAAAAAGAAGUACGUGUGUGAUCACCCCUCGUGUGGGCGCUUGUUUCGUCUGCAGAAGCAGCUGUUGCGCCACGCCAAACACCAUACAGAUCAGAGGGACUACAUCUGUGAGUUUUGUGCGCGUGCCUUCAAGAGCUCCCAUAACCUGGCUGUGCACAGGAUGAUUCACACAGGAGAGAAGCCAAUACAGUGUGAGAUCUGCGGCUUCACCUGCCGUCAGAAGGCCUCCUUAAACUGGCACAUGAAGAAGCACGAUGCCGAAGCCUCCUACCAGUUCUCUUGCUCCAUUUGUGGCAAAAGGUUUGAGAAAAAGGACUCCGUUGUUGCCCACAAGGCCAAGAGCCACCCCGAGGUGCUCAUAGCUGAGGCCCUAGCAGCUAAUGGGGGCACGGUAAUAAAAACUCCCAUCCCGAUCCCAGAGACUGUCCCGGCUCCCAUCGCGACCCUAGAGACAUAUCCUGACCCGGCGCUCAUCCAGCCCGACCAACCCUCUGCUAGCAAGGAGACCAAGGAAGUGGUGAACAGCUCGCUCACUCCGCUGCAGCAGGUAGUGCUCCCGCUCGCUCCACAGACUCAGAUAGAUGUAUCUCAGGGCCAGUUUCUCCAACUGCCCACGCAUCACGUGGUGCAGGUGGCGCACCAGCAGCAAGCCUCCACCUUGCUGCACCUCACCGCCGCUCCUCCGACUCACUUCUCCAGCAUCGGCCACCCGCAGCUCAUCCAGCUCUCCGCCCUCCCCGCCAGCACCGUCGCAUCCAUGACCAUCGCGGACCCCCAGAGCGCCCUCCUCACCCUGAGCUCCGUCACCGCGCUGGCCUCCGCGGCGUCCCAGCAGGCUGUGCAGUGGGGCAGGGCAACUCAGGAGGACACGGAGCUGCCUGGGGAGGGCGAGCUGUGGGACAGGGUGGUGGUUGGUGGCGUCCAUCAGGACGUAGGGGAAAUGAUGUGGCAGGGUAACGAGGAGAGGAGGAAGGAAGAGGAGGGAAUUGUAUGGGAGAGGGAAGGAGGGAGGCCGAUUCUAUUACAGUGUGCCGAGGUUCACGGAGAUAGUUUAAUCUAGAUAGAAGGCCACACAGUGAUCUGAACGGGAACUUUAUGCACAGUAAAGUUUGGAUUUUAAGAAAGAAACAAAAGACUGAAGGACCUGUCAAAAGUUGAUAAGCUGACAUUCUAAAUAUUUGAAAUAAUGGACUUUAUCUCCACGGAGUGUAACACAGUAGUCAUAUUAAAUACAUAGCUACAGAGAGCUACUUAUAUCAGGGAGUAUAAUUCAUAAUAUUAUAGAUUACGUACACUUCUUUUACUGAAUAUUUUGUAACUUUUUGGUUUUGUCACCCUUGUGUUUGUAUAUAUGUGUGUAUGUUAAGAUUUUAGAGGGAUUAAAAAGACUGCAAGAUGAUUGUACAUAUUGUACAAAAGAGUCACAGAUGACAUUUAUAUCCCUCAUGUCCAUAUGUGAAUGGAUGAAAUAGUUGGGUCAACUCUAGUAGUUAUUAAAAAUUACAGAACAAAUUAACUACAACCAAAUGAGGUUCUCGACGUAAAAUAAUCUUUGUUUUAAGAUUACAACAAAAGGCGUAUUAAAAAGGGAAUUCGAUUUUUAGUCUGGACCUUUUAGAGACAAAUCUAUUAUGAUAAAGACAUAAAAUCUAUAAUCGGUAGUUUUUGAACUCCUUUGAGAAAAGUGAGAUCUUUUCUUUCACAGCAGACAUUCUGACUAUGCAUCAUGUUGAAAUGUUUGUGAAAGAAGGCCUAUUGCCUCAUUUUCUCAAUUGCCUUCCUUGUAUUCACUCCCCUUUCCAAAUUGUACUGCACCAUCUGAUUUAAUUCUUUACAGAUUCUUGCUUUAAUAUUUUUUCACAGUUAAGACUAUGCAGGCAGCAGUAUUAUGGUGGAAAUGUUUUGUCAUUUUCUUUUGAAGCAAUCUCUAAUAAUAGAAUAUACCUCUGUACACUGCCACUACUACUGAGCACUUGUUAUCUUAUGAUCUUAAUUUAUCAAAAAAAACAUGUUCAGAAUAACUAUAAUAAACCAAUGUGUGUUCUGAAGUA